ACUUUGGACCUCCUUCUCUCGCUCUUCCUCUUUGCCUCCACUGCAGCGCCGUAGUUUGGAUUUCUUCUCUUGUGGAAAUCAUGAAAAUUAAUUUUGCCCCCAUGGCUAUACCCCUCCACAGGAGACUGCAGACUGCCAUGGUGCUGCAGUGGGUCUUCACCUUCCUUGGUCUGGCACCCACCUGCAUCUUCCUGUUCUUUUACCUGAUGUUCACUCGCUACUGGCUGCUCAGCGUGCUGUAUGCUGUCUGGUGGUACUUUGAUUAUGACACUCCUGCACGUGGAGGCAACAGGUCGCCCUUCCUGUGCAGCCUCAAAGUUUGGGAAUACAUGCGUGAUUACUUUCCCAUCAAGUUGGUGAAGACGGCUGACUUAGAUCCCAGGCAUAACUACAUCCUUGGCUUCCAUCCCCAUGGUGUGCUGGUGGCAGGAGCCUUUACCAACUUCUGCACCUACUCGACAGGCUUCAGACAGCUGUUUCCAGGCAUCACCAGCUACCUGCUCAUGUUGCCUCUUUGGUUCAGAGCUCCAUUCUUCAGAGACUACAUCAUGUGUGGAGGCCUGAUUCCUUCAGACAAAGAGAGUGCCACUUAUCCACUCUGCAAAAAGAAAGGUGGAAAUGCUAUUGUGAUAGCUGUUGGAGGGGCACCAGAGGCCCUUGAUGCCCACCCAGGCACUUUCAAUGUACUCUUGGCCCAUAAAAAAGGCUUCAUCAAAAUGGCCAUGGAGUAUGGAGCUCAUCUGGUACCAGUCUUCUCUUUUGGGGAGAAUGAAGUGUAUGACCAGGUGGAAAACCCGAGGGGAACCUGGCUUCGAUGGUUGCAGGAAAACCUGCAAAAGAUCAUGGGUGUCUCUCUUCCUCUCUUCCAUGCACGAGGCAUUUUCCAGUACUCCUUCGGCCUUAUGCCCUACAGAAAACCUAUCAACACAGUAGUUGGGCGGCCAAUCAAAGUGGAGAAGAAAGCAAAGCCAACUGCCGAGGAACUUGAUGCCCUCCACCAGCUGUACAUGGAUGAACUCAGCAAUCUGUUUGAGGAGCACAAAGGCAACUAUGGAGUAGACAAAGACACACACCUGAACUUUGUCUAAAGUGCAACAAGGCCUGGGUGGAAUUGGACGCCUCUUUGUAAAGCUCUGGUGCUGCAGAUUCUGUACACCUGCUCACAGCUCAUCCUUUAACUAAAGACAAAGUGAUUGUUUGUACGCUCGCACCGGGCUGAGCAGGAGCUCCAUGUGACUCAAGGCUAUUGCAGAGGUCUGUGUUUAAACAUGUCCUGUCUCAAUAAAGCCCAAACAUGUAAGCUGGAAAGGCUGUCUUUAAAAUCUCAGAUCAAAUGAAAGAUGUUCUACGAGUGCAUUAAAAUUCAUCAUGAAACUCUAA